CCCUAGAACCAGCAGCCGUCCUCCCAAACCACAAGAAAAACCCCUCUCCGGCUGCUCUCUCCCUCCCGCGUUCUCCCCAUGGCGUCCCUUCCCAACGGCGCCGCCGCCGCCGCCGCCUCCUCGGCCGCCGGGGGCGCGCCCCCCGUGGACAAGGAGGUGGACUUCGCCAACUACUUCUGCACCUACGCCUACCUCUACCACCAGAAGGAGAUGCUCUGCGACCGCGUCCGCAUGGACGCCUACCACUCCGCCGUCUUCCGCAACCCUCACCACUUCCGCGGCAAGGUGGUUCUUGAUGUGGGCACCGGGAGCGGCAUCCUUGCCAUCUGGAGCGCUCAGGCCGGCGCCAGGAAGGUGUACGCCGUCGAGGCGACCAACGUGGCGGAGCACGCCCGCGAGCUCGUGCGCGCCAACGGCGUCGCUGACAUCGUCGAGGUCAUACAGGGGACCAUGGAGGACAUUGUGCUACCGGAGAAAGUGGAUGUCAUCAUAUCAGAGUGGAUGGGCUACUAUCUCUUGAGAGAGUCGAUGUUCGAUUCCGUCAUUUGUGCACGCGACCGUUGGUUGAAUCCAGGUGGUGUGAUGUACCCUAGUCAUGCUCGAAUGUGGUUAGCACCGAUAAGAAGUGGUUUGGGUGACAAAAAGAUGGAAGAUUUUGAAAUUGCUAUGAAUGACUGGAAUCUAUUUGUCGAGGACACUGAUGCUUAUUAUGGAGUCAACAUGAAUGCUUUGACGAAGGCAUACCGUGCAGAACAUGAAAAGUUCUAUCUCAAGUCUUCAAUAUGGAACAAUCUUCAUCCAAAUCAACUUAUAGGGCAACCUGCUGUCAUUAAGGAAAUCGAUUGCUUGACAGCAACUGUUGAUGAGAUUCGAGAAGUUAGAGCACAAGUUAUGUUGCCAAUCAGCCAGGAGAGAACAAGAUUAGCAGCAUUGGCUGGCUGGUUUGAUGUUCAUUUUAGAGGUAGUAAUCAAAAUCCUGCAGUUCAGGAAGUUGAGUUAAGUACAGCUCCAGAUGAGAAUGGUGGGACACACUGGGGCCAGCAGGUAUUCUUGCUGACUCCAUCUCUGAGAGUAAAUGAAGGGGACAAUGUUAAAGUUUCUUUCUCGAUGGUUCGCUCAAAAGAGAAUCAUCGGCUUAUGGAUAUGGAUUUCACCUAUGAAUUACAUGAGUCAUCUGGCAAGAAGCUACCAGCAGUCACCACCAAGAUUUACUUAGAGUAGAGCAAGAUGGCUGAUUAGAUCUGACUCAGUUGAUGAGAUGUCGGGGGUACCGUAUUACCAUGUGUCACUAUAUUGCUGUGUCUAAAACCUUGCUCGUAAUUGGAGAAACAGCAGUUGGUGGUUUGUUUGUUUGCCAUGGUAUGGCCUAAUGGCCACCUUGUGUAACCUAUUGAGGAUCUGUAAACAUUGAGAGACCAUGAGGCAUGAUGAAGUGCUAGAGAUUUUGUUGUAUCAGUACUUUAUCAUUUUGUUGAAGGGCCAGAGAUCACAAGUUUGGUUUCCAUGCUUGUGGCUUGACUUGAGUGUACCUGGUGUGUGUUUGUGGUCACCAAAUUUAAAAAGGAAAUAGAACUUAUUAAUAAA